CCCUCCCACGUCUAGCUCGGCACGUUUAUCGAAAGUCAGAACGCUGCGGACUGCCGCACGGGGCACACGUUUUAUUCAAGGCUUUAGUGUCUAGAGAUUCUUAUUCUCUCUCUCUCUCUCUCUCCUUUUUUUUACUUGUCAUCAAUCAUCGACUUUCGAGUGCUCGUUGAAAUUUGUACAUUUAUAUAACCUUUUCAUCUGGCUACGUUCGCGGGAGAAUAUUUUUCGUCUGUGUUCUCACAGCAUUCUUUCUUUCUCGUACGAUGCAAUAUUGAACGUUUUUUUGAUACUACACGUUUCGAGGAGCAGGAGUGUACUGCGUGAAGUUUGUGGAAUUUUGUGACGAAUUUUUGGUUUAACUCAAUGGUGGUAUGUAAUACCACAUUACUAUGCUGUGAUAUUUGGAAAUUUUUUGUAAUUUUGGAUCAAACUACCUGCGUCCCUGGGCGUUACUGGUAGGUUAAAACUCUGCGCGUAUGAAUCUUCCUUGGUAAUAUUCAGUGUCUGGAUUUAAAGUUCCCAACACCUGGCCUUGCCUGAGAGGAAAAAAUCAAGAGUGGACCACGUGCGAAUGACAGCUAAGGGACACCGGCGACCACGUGUUUUGAAAAGGAUCCACAGCAAGAACAAGAAAGUACCAGUGUCAACUUCACUGUUGAAAAGAACCUUGUGAGAAGAGGGUCCGUACAGAAAGGAAGAGGAAGAAGGAGUAGCAGAAGAAGAAGAAGAAGAAGAGGCGCGUCAGUCUUGAAGCAAUGUUCAGAGCGUAUCAGGAUAGUGCCGUUUCGCCAGGGUAUAUGCGUGGUGUAUAAAUAGUAAGUGAGAGUGGUGGGGUUCGCUCGCGGGUGAAAAUAGAAAAGAAUGUUUUUGGAAUCCAAUUGGACUUGGGUGGCAGAACGAUGGGGCAAUAUGGCCGACUUGGCCGAGCGGGUGGACGAUCUGAUAUGCAGUUUUGACUCGGCUGGUGACACAACGAUGGAUACCUUAUCGAUGCUGAUAUUCGGCUGGAUGUUGUUCGGUCUUGUGGUGUUGUGCGUUGGGAAAUACGUGUAUAAUCGUUUUGUUCUACACGAGAUCGGCAGCAUCACUGGCGGUGGCACGAGCAGCAUCUCAGGCAGCGGUGGAACGAUAAGCGGCAGCGGUGCAGGAACGAAGGACGGUCACCUGCUGCACAUCGGCGACAGCGUCGUGGUCGCCGGGAACGCUGCGAGCAAGUUCCUCAUACCGGAAAAGGCCAGAGCAUCGAUGGGGAAGUCCAGCACGACCGGAACCCUAGGAGCGGCCAUUGGUUCCGGUGGCGUUUCCUCGCAAUCAGGCGGUUUCGCUGGUUCGCAUGGAACGACAAAUGCCACUGGCUACGUACCGCCCACUCCGCCGGUCCGGAAACGACUCACGAGAAAGACUUCCGGUCCCCUGAUUAGUCCUGCCAGGAGCUCCCGGGCUCUCCACUUGCCCACUGCUACCGGUGCCGAUCCUGACGCAGUGAGGUGGGUCAACGAGCUGAUCGUCUGGCUGUACUCUGACCUGGUCAUUCUCAACGAAUUAUUGGCCACCUGGGUCGCGUCCCUCAACGACUUCACCGCCAGUUCUGUGGAGGAGCAUGGAGUCGGCGUGGAAUUCGUACGGGUACUACCUGAGACGCACUCGCCGAAUUUAUCGAAUAUCUUUUGCGAGUGCGACUCCAAGGAUGACGUGACAAUCACUUGCGACUGCGAGGCUACUCCCGCCUUGCAGCUCAAGGCUUUUCGACAAAAGGGAGAUAGGGUCGAAACCAGCCAUUAUCGCGUCAACGUUAAUCGAUUUCGAGCACGACUCAACGUUGUUUCUAUAACUGAGAAACUGUUGCUCGAUAUAAAGUGCGACGGGUGGCCUGAGGUAAAGGUGUCCUUGGCUCCUGUAGGUACUAUAAAAAAGGAUCUGGAUGAAAGCCAACUUCAGGAAGUGGUAACAGAAAUUGUCGUCGGCGCACUCAGGGGUACCAACGUUCACUUGAACUUAUCUCAGUAUCCGACUUGUCCAAGAUUAUGGCGCGAACCGCCGCCACAGCUUGGAUAUCCUCUGCCAGUCCACUAUGACAGUAUGAACAUCUCGAACUCAAUGAUACAUCCCCAACAACAUCCUCAGGUUCAUUCGCAAUCGACCAACAUGCAACAAUAUUUGCGUGGCGAGAAACGACUGCUGGUUAAAGUAGUGAGGGCGGUUGAUCUUGGUGGUCAGGAAGGAUGCAGGGAACCCUACUGCGUGGUGGAAUUGGACGAGCCUUCCCAGAAGAAUCAGACGUGCAUUAAAAAGGACACGAAGAAUCCUGUAUGGGACGAGGCUUUCUUAUUCGAUAUCAGCCACAACACGUCUGAGGUACUUUUGGAAGUAUACGACAACGUAAACAAGAGCCAAAGAUUUUUGGGAUUGGGUAUAGUUGGAGUCGAGGAGUUGUUGGCCAAUCCUAGUCAGAGACAGAUAAUACCGUUACAGGCCAGGCCUUAUGAACAGGACGAAGUUACAGGCACCCUGACUGUAGAAUUCCUGUUCAUCGAGGGUGCCGAAGUACCACAAAUUGGAAACAAACCGUACAAAGUGAAGGAAUCAAUUAAGACCAUCUCGCCAAGUCGUAGCUACACGCCAACGAAUCUACUGAGCAACAAUAGCCUAAACUACAACAAUGGUAACAGCACACUUAUCUUGUACGACUCACCCGCUCAGUCUCCAGGGGAUUACAUGAUGAAUGGCAACAACGUGGAUUCUCCGUACAGAACUGGACAGAUGAAUGGAAAUAAGGGAACGCUGAUUGUGCAUAGCCAGCAGAGGCAACCUGAGCGGCAGAUCGUGAAGGUCGCCUUAACUGAGGAUGGAAGCUGGCAAGAAGUGUCGCCGGAGCACGGAACCAAGGAUACCAGCGCUACUUCCGGACCGGAAAGCACACCCAAUUCUUCAAACUCUGAAAGCUUGAGAGAACGUGGAAGGACCCGAAGAAAACGACGUGACUUCUUCGGCACGAUAAAGAGGCGUCUAGGUCGGUCGAAAACGAGAAGUCGAUCCGUCGGUAAUGAGGGCGAGACCAAUCAUGAGGAAGCUCAUUCCAGAUCAAUAUCGGCGGACAGAGCACGUGAUCCUGGAUCUGCAUUGCUGUCGGUACCAGGAAGGGAAGAACAGUCGAGAAGAUCUAGUCUGAGCGAAGCCUCGGCAAUAAGCGGCACAUCAACGAGAACCUACGUGAACGAGGCUUCCACUCUCGUCCUGGAAACACUUGAGAACGGGAUCAAAAAACACUACCUCGUACCUUUGUCCCUCGCACAAAAGAGCAAAUGGAGGAAAAAGGGAACAAAACUUCACAUAUUCAACGAUCAUACGUUCAUCGCGAAGCACAUGCAAGGGGGCACCAUGUGUCAAGUUUGCAAGCGCACGCUUGCUCGAAGAUUGGGAAAGCAGGGAUACGAGUGUAGAGACUGUCAAAUGAAAUGUCACAAGCACUGUCAUGUCAAAGUUGACACCACCUGUCCGUCGUCCACCAUACAGUCAAUCGAGCUGUCCCUACUGCCACUUCUGAGCGAAUAAGAUAGAACGUGCAUCAAGAACCCGGAAUUCGAACGAAAACCAUCGAAGCGACUAUGUUAGUGAGGACUUUCUUUACUCGUUUAUACGCCAUACAUUUUAAGUAGUCUAGCUAUGACAAGAAUCAAUAUGAAUUUGUCAUUCAUGACAAUCGUGGAAUCAAACUACGAUAAAGCCAACAAAAAGAAGCAAAUAACAAUUUUCCGGUGAACGUAUGACGUUGAUUUAGUCUGCUUGAGUUCUGUCAAAAAGUUGGCCUGUUCGCUUAAGAGGAAUACGGCGGUACAGUUUAAAUGAUAAAUUAUUUAUUGAAAACGAAAGAGAAAGAAAAAAAUUACUUUUACGGAUUAGAUUACUGUAGAGAAAUCUCGUCAUUAUUUACCGGUAAAUUGUAAUGAAUAAAUGGCGAAACUUCUCGCGGAUUCAAAGUUUAUCUACACAUGUGUGAUUUAUGCGGAUAGUACACGUAUGCGAGUAUGCGCACACAGAUUCACGAAAUGACGCCUUUUUACAUAAUAUAUAUAAUAUUUAUCGAAGUUUUUGGAAAACUUCAAGCACUAUUUCUCUCUCUCUCUCUUUCUCUUCACACCGUUUUUACUUGGUAGAUACGCGUAGCAAACACUGACCAUUUCAUUACGCUCCUUCAUAUGUGAGAUAUACAUAUAUAUAAUCAUUGUCUAUGGAGACGCUAGUUGAAAAGGAAAAAAAAAAGAAUUAAAAAGAAAAUCUCUAUAUACUCAAAAUAAGAAAAUCCUUUCCUAUAUCGACAGGAGAAUUUUGAAUAAUUUUUUUUGGUCUUAUAUCAUAAAUCAUGCAAGAACAACCGAAAAAACGGAUACAACGAAUUCGUUUGUUUUCUAUUGAACGGUUUAUUAUAAUAGUGAAUUUCAAAAUCGAAAGUACACACGAAUGCAUAUAAUUACAUGAUUGAAACUACUUCUGAUAAUACGGCAACAUACGCGCCGUAGAAAUCUCCAUAAAACAAGGAAGGAUGGAAAGCGGGAGAAAAAAUGCCUAGAUUCUGUUUUUACGGUGACAACAUGACAAAGAAUUACUUUAAUUUUUACGACUUGGUAGAAACGUAAUAAAUAACGUGACAAGGAAGCGCGCUGACGUAAAAAGAAAGUAAAAGCGACGCGUGAUAUGUUCGUUACGUCAAGUAGAUAUUGACGAUAAUAAUAAGUAUAACAAUAUAUAAUAAUAAUGCAUCGGCAACGGCUACAAUAAAUAAAUAUAACAAUAUUAAUGAUUUUACAUAGGCUGUGAGUGCUAAUGGAUGAAGUUACGAGUACGGAUGAUAAGAAGUGCUACUGGAAGGAUGAGUUAGCGUGAACAGUCUAUGAGGGAUAAGUCUUAUGGCUACGACGAGAUCUUUAUUUAUAUAUAUAUUAAUAAUACACGAAGACGCAACACUUAGUGCGAUAUGUAUACGAAGCUAUGGAAUUUCUUGUGAAUUAACGUUUGAAACUUAAUUUAUAAUGGAUACAUUAAGUUUAACCCGAUGCAAUUUAUCGAGUAAAUUUAAUUUUCAGAAACACAUGUAUUUCUAUAGUUUCUUCUUUGUUUCGCUAUCUGACGUCAAGAUGGCGACCUUAACGUACAGUAAUCUCAGUUUUGAAAUUUUAUCUCAGCCACUCUGAACUCUGUCAGUUAAGUAAAAUUCACUUGAAUACAAUGAAAUGAUAUGUAUAUGUAACGAGAGACAGCAUCAAAACAAUCAAGAACUCUGGUCACUUGUGCUUUUACACGAAUAUAUAAGCACGUUACUAUAUUUGGAACUUUGAAAUAAAGGAAAACCAAAAAAAAAACUCUAAAAACGAUGCUACAGUUGUAAAAUAACUAACUGAAGUUCAUUGAUACGAAAUACGAUCAUAGUGCCUAUAGAUGUUGAAUGUUAUGUAUAUUGUACGUUUAUCAUAUAGAGAAGCUCUAUUUAUUGACAGUAUAAGGGUCACUCUGCGACAACUUUCCAUUAUAGAAUCUCUCUAAAGGAAUAACGAAAGAAGUGCUGAUGAGAAUAAUCCUCGGUAGGACAGUCGAGCGUCACUUAUGUCGAGAAACGAGGGGACUCCCCACUUUGUAUACCUGUUACUCUAUAUGGCCGUAGGUGUCGCCCGCUUCGAUAUGCGCUGUAAAGCUGCGCAGUGUUCAAUUUCCGUUAGGGUUUGAGCAGACUGCCUGACAUGGCACAUCUUCUUUAGAGGCAGUCACGGAGGCAGCUAUAAAGAACAAGAAAUCAGGAUGGCUUGGCGAUGGCGGGGGUUAAGUCGAAAACUUAAAACAAGUUAGGCUGUGGAAAUAAUUAACGUCAAAAUCAGUGACGCUCGACUGUAUUUGAAUAUACAAAAAUAUAAUGGACGAAAAUUAUAAGAAGCGCGUAGUCACGUAAAAUCCGAUGAAUACAAUGUAACUUAAAGAUGAGAAAAUAUAUUAUGAUCGCACACUUAUUAUUAUACCAUAA